UUAGCAUUAUAUUAGUUCAGCAGAUUGUUUACUGUUUUGUUCUUUUUUUCCUUCUUUUUUUUUUUUUGUCUUCCCUCAUCAGUGCCCAACCCAAGUUCAAAGGCUGAUGAGAGAGAAAAACUCACGAGGAGAUUUUACUCUAGGGAAAGUUGUUCAGUGGAUGGGAUCUUGAUGCACGGGGAAAGAUGUUAGGCUCUUCCUGGCUUCUUCUCAGCCUUGUUGCUGUAACUGCUGCUCAGUCCACCACCGAGGAACAGACCAAGAUAUUUUUGGACAACUUUAAUCAAAAAGCUGAAGACCUGUCUUAUGAAAGUUCACUUGCUUCUUGGAAUUAUAACACUAAUAUUACUGAGGAGAAUGCCCAAAAGAUGAAUGAGGCUGGGGCCAAAUGGUCUGCCUUUUAUGAAGAACAGUCAAAGCUUGCCAACACUUUUUCACUACAAGAAAUUCAGAAUGUCACUGUUAAGCGUCAAUUGCAGGUCCUUCAGCAGAGUGGGUCUUCAGCGCUCUCAGCAGACAAGAGCACACAGUUAAAUACAAUUCUAAGUACAAUGAGCACCAUCUAUAGUACUGGAAAGGUUUGUAACCCGGAUAAUCCACAGGAGUGCUUUUUGCUUGAACCAGGUUUGGAUGACAUAAUGGAGAAGAGCACAGACUACAGUGAGAGGCUCUGGGCUUGGGAAGGCUGGCGGUCUGAGGUUGGCAAGCAGUUGAGACCAUUGUAUGAAGAUUAUGUGGUCCUGAAAAAUGAGAUGGCAAGAGCAAAUGGUUAUGAGGAUUAUGGCGAUUAUUGGAGAUCAGAUUAUGAAGCAGAGGGAGCAGAUGGCUAUGACUAUAACCACAACCAGUUGAUUGAAGAUGUGGAACGCAUCUUUGCAGAGAUUAAACCAUUAUAUGAACAUCUUCAUGCCUAUGUGAGAACAAAGUUGAUGGAUACCUACCCUUCCCAUAUCAAUCCAACUGGAUGCCUCCCUGCUCAUUUGCUUGGUGAUAUGUGGGGUAGAUUUUGGACAAAUCUGUACCCUUUGGUAGUUCCCUUUGGACAGAAACCAAACAUAGAUGUUACUGAUGCAAUGGUGAUGCAGGCUUGGGAUGCAGACAGGAUAUUCAAGGAGGCAGAGAAUUUCUUUGUGUCUGUUGGCCUUCCUAAAAUGACUGAAGGAUUCUGGGAAAACUCCAUGUUAACUGAACCAGGAGAUGGCCAGAAAGUGGUCUGUCACCCCACAGCUUGGGACCUGGGGAAAGGCGACUUCAGGUAG